AUGAUACAGUAAACUCCUGGGUUUAAUAUGAAAGUGUGGAGACAACUCGUGAUAAUCUCAAUAUAAAUAAAGAGAGAGAGAGAGAGAGAGAGAGAGAGAAAGAGAGAGAGAGAAUUUGGAGAAUUAAUAUUAUCAGGUGUCGGUUCAGCCUAACUGCACUGAUUCGUAGGAUACACAAUGGAGAUCAUGUACGUGUACACUAAGAAACGCAGUGAGUUUGGUCGCCAGUGUAACUUCUCGGACCGUCCGGCUGAGCUGCACGUGGACAUUCUACCUGACUCGUCUCUCGCUGCCGACUUUGUAGCCCGAGAUCCGUGUGAUGUUGCCAUACAGUGCACACAGGAAAUGUCUGAGCAUGAGGUGAACACAGAGCGCUUUGAGUCAGAAACACGUGGCAUAAACCACGUGGAGGGGGGAUGGCCAAAAGAUGUCAAUCCACAAGAAAUGGAACAGACCAUUCGCUAUAGGAAGAAAGUGGAGAAGGAUGACAACUAUGUGAACACCAUCAUGCAGCUUGGCAGUCACAUGGAGCACUGUAUCAGACAGAACAAUGCCAUUGAUAUCUAUCAGGAGUACUUUGAAGAAGAGGAGUUCUUGGAGGAGACGGAGGAGCAGCCUUCAGCUAAAACCAUCAAUGUGUUCAGAGACCCGAACGAGGUGAAGCGCACUGCCACCAGUCUGUCAUGGCACCCUGAUGGCGGCCACAAGCUGGCCGUGGCUUAUUCCUCUUUAGAGUUUCAGAAAUUUAGCAAAGACAUGUGUUACGACUCCUAUAUUUGGGACAUUGAGAACCCGAAUAAACCCGAGCUAACGCUGAAACCUGUCUCUCCCCUCGUCUCUCUGGAGUACAACCCCAAAGACUCGCAUAUCCUAGUUGGGGGAAGCUACAAUGGGCAAAUCUCAUACUGGGACACACGUAAAGGCAGCCAGCCGGUUGAGAUGUCUGCCAUCGAGCACAGCCACAGAGACCCAGUCUAUAAAGUCAUCUGGCUGCAGUCAAAGACAGGCACAGACUUCUUCUCUGCUUCCACUGAUGGUCAGGUGCUGUGGUGGGACAUUCGGAAGAUGACUGAGCCAACAGAAAGGCUCGUGCUGGACCCCAGUAAAAAGGGGAAGCUGGAAAAUGCACUGGGUGCCAUAUCACUGGAGUUUGAAACCACCAUGCCCACAAAGUUCAUGGUUGGGACAGAACAGGGGCUGGUGGUCUCGUGCAACCGGAAAGCCAAAACUCCAGGUGAGAAGAUUGUAUGCACGUACAGUGGCCAUCAUGGACCUAUAUAUGCUCUGCAGAGGAAUCCGUUCUUUCCUAAGAACUUUCUGACUGUGGCUGAUUGGACCGCCCGUAUCUGGUCUGAAGACAUUAGAGAAUCUUCCAUCAUGUGGACAAAAUAUCACAUGGCCUACCUGUCAGAUGGAUGUUGGAGCCCUGUUAGACCUUCAGUCUUCUUCACAGUGAAAAUGGAUGGCACUUUAGAUGUAUGGGACUUCCUGUUCAAGCAGAAUGACCCAACACUCACUCUUAAAGUGUGUGACGAGGCUCUCUACAGCAUGCAGGUGCAGGAUAAUGGCCGUUUUCUGGCAUGUGGCUCACAGCUGGGCACUGCCACUCUGCUCGAGAUUUCAUCAGGCUUGUGCACACUGCAGAAAAAUGAGAAAGCGCUGGCAACAGCGAUGUUUGAGCGUGAGACGAAGCGGGAGAAGAUACUGGAGGCUCGGCACAGAGAGAUGCGCCUAAAAGAGCGCAGUCGCUCGGAGCAGAGCAAGGACGAAGAAAGCAAAGACGGAGAUGGAGAGGAGAGCGCAGAGGACCUGGUGACCCGUGCAGAGAAAGAGUUCUAUGAGAUGGUGGAGGCAGAAAUGAAGAAAAGGGGAAAAGAGGAGAAAACUGAGAAGGAGAAAAACAAGGAGAAUGCUGAAGAGGAACUAUGAGAAGAAAAGGCACCACAACUUCACUUCCUUUUCUUCGAAACACAGUCAUGGAAGUGAAGCCUGAAACACUGUAUCAGCAGCAGCACUCUCACACCUCAAUCUCUUACUUUAAUCAAUGCUUGGCUUUCUUACCUCUAUGAUGCCUGGCUCACACCGUGAUUUAUUUUUUUAAAAGAAAGGCUGAUUAAAGAAAAUAUAUAUUGCACGUUACGUUUUUGUGUCACAUUGUGAGAAGACGAAUUCAAUCUGAUAGGUAAGUUUGUCAUUCUGCAUAAAAUCUUUUUAAUGUUUGUAUUCAUGUGUGAGGUGAAUUUGGUAACUCAGAGUAGCACUGUGGAUUCAUUUAAUAUACAUUCAUUCAUUCACUUCUCCUAGCAUUUGUUUACACUUUACAUUCUUUUCACUUUUGCAUCUUGUGGUUUGAUAAAUUAUAACAUAGGCUAAUGAAUAUCUGGCAAACACAUGUUGUCCCAAAAAUCUCCAUACCUAUGGGAAAUGAACACUUUAUAGCAGAAUUUAUUUCCAAAACAUUCUCUCUAUGAUUGACAUUUCUGGAAAUGGAGUCGUUUCUCCCACUGCUGAACCAGCUUCCUUAUUCCAUCAUGAGAAUGAGUCCAAUACAUUGGUCUUUUGUCAAAUGCAUUCCUAAGGGCUAGCUGGAAAAAUAAAUAUUUACUAUAAACUUAAAAAAGUAGGGGCCAUUUUGGAAGACAUAUUGCUAAAAAGGUGUUCAUUUUGCUAAUGUAUGGAAACAUUUGAGACAUUUUAUAUAUUUUAUUAUUAUAAGUUACAGCUAUUAUUUUAGUUGUAUAUGUGGAAUAUCAGAAGUCUCACUAUAUGGCUAGAAAGCAAACUGAUCAAUUGUUCCAUACAUCAUUGGGCCUUCCACUGCUGAGUGCCACUCCUUUUGCAACAGCUGGACAUUUUGACACUGCGGUCAUUUUUUUGACAGAUCUAAUUGACGAAAUAGCCGUUUCUGUGCACCUUCACUAUUAUCAUUUCCCCUGAAUCUGAAUUAUUAGACCGCGUGCUCAAUAAAAACACUUCCUGACACAUGUGAUGAUUAUAUUAAAAGACUUUUUAAAUAAAAAGGG